GAUAGGUGAACAUCAUACAUCGCAUGCUACAUACAACAGUACAAUCAAGGUUUCAGCACUGUCAAUUAGUCGUGAAAACUACUUUUCGCGAAACUCGCAAUAUUUAAAAAGCAUCAAACUUGACGAAAACUGAGUAACAGAAAAAUGGUACCGCCAUUAAUAAUAUCCAAUACUGGGAAUAUGUAUAGGCAUUGGUUGUCAUGGAAACUAUGUUUCCUGGAUUAUAUGAGAGAUAAUGAUCUCUUUAUAAAAUCAGAAGCUUUUAAAAUUAAUCUUUUAAGAAAUAAAAUAGGACCAGGUGCUCUAAAUUGUAUAGAAGUUAAUAAAAUAAUGUAUAAUACUUGUAUUGAACAUAAACUAUGUAAUUACUUAAAGGAUCUUGAUUUCUUUUUCCUUAGUAUAAAAAAUGAAGUUGUAGAACGCUUUAAAUUUUUCACUAGAUCUUUGCACGAAGAUGAAACACUUGAACACUUUAUCUACGAUUUAAAACAAAAAGCAAGUACUUGUAAUUUUGGAUACCUAACUGAAAGUCUAAUCAGAGAUAAAGUAGUAGCGAGUAUACAUGACGGAGAACUUCGAGAAAAGCUGUUUAUCACGAUAAGCCUUGAAUUGGAGACAUUAGAGCUCAUUUGUGAAGAUCAUAAUAAUCAGAAGAGGAAAAAAGAAUUUUUCACGGAUCGCAUUAAUGCUGCUACUGAAAAGAUUAAGAUCAUUGACAAUAAUGGAAAGAUUGUCGAAGAGAAACAAACAGAGGCUGGAGCCGUAUGUAGUAAUAAUGAUGUAAAGGAAGCUGAACAAAGUCAAAGCUUAUAUGAGCAAGUAAAUGCUAAUGACACAAUUAAUAAAGACUCUAAAAAUGAUAAUGACAAGAUUGCUUUUCAAGAAAAUAGUAAUAUUAAUAGCAGUAAGAUAAAUGAAAAAAAAACUGACGCUAAAAUUUUAGGAAAAAAGCUAAAAAUGCAUACUUAUCCUCAAGGAAAUAGUAAUGAAAAUAACGAAGCUAAGAAAGAUUUUGAAAAUCGCAAUAGUGACCAUGACAAAAAUACUGCAUACCAAGAAAAUAGUAAUAAUAAUAAUGAGACCAAGACGGAUUUAAAAAGUGGUAAUACUGGCAUUUCAAAAAAAAAGCCAAAAAUGUAUACUGGUUCUCAAGUAAAUAAUAAUGAAAAUAGGAAUUUUAUAACUAGCAGAACAAAUACUAACAUAAAGGAUGAGCGUCAAAUAAACUUCAAAGGUACCAAUAAUAGUAAUAUGAAUACGGCUCGCCGAAAUAACGAAACAGUAAGAAGAUGUUGUUGGAGAUGUAAUGAAAAUCAUCCUCUAAGAUCUUGUCCUGCUUGGGGACAUAAAUGUGAUAACUGUGGUGAGCGUAAUCAUUUCAGUUACUGUUGUAGACAUGAGGGAAGACGCAUAAAGGCAGAUACACCAACAAAAUCAUUCUACUCCAAAACCAUUCUACAAGAAAAUGUAUUAAAGCCUAUCUCUACAUUUAUCAACAAUAUACCAGCACCUACUGAAGCCCAGUAUCCAAAAGAAGCUGCUGUGAUUCCUAGUGCCCCAGUAUUGUAUGAAUAUGAGGAUGCAAUAUAUCCUAAUUUUCAACAUGUGGCAACUUCCCAAGAGAAUCUGCCACUGAAUCCUCAAGCAAGCCUGUCAGCAACUGGAAAUAAACAGCAUAAGACACAUUCAACUUCGAGGAAGGAGUUAUGUUCAAUAUUAUAAGAAUAGCUAGUUAAUAAUAAGUAUUAUUAUGAUUCGUAA